AUGGAAAAUGAAUUAUGUGAGAAUCAAGUUAAAUGUAUAACGCAAACUAAACAAAUCGAUUUUCCUGAUAAUAUGAUGCUACAAGAGAUAAGAAAAUCUUUAUACCUCUGUGAUAUCUGUAAUAAACCAUUCUCUCAAAAAGGAGGCAAUUUAACUAAACACAAGUACAUUCAUAUAGGAGAGAAGCCAUAUCACUGUGAUAUCUGUGGUAAGUCCUUCUUUCAAAGAGUUCAUGUUACUUCUCACAAACGUACUCAUACAGAGAAAAGAAAACACAACAGUGUGAUAACUUCCGAACAGUGUAGUUUAUAUAACUACAGUUAUAUCUACAUUGGUGAUAAUUUUAAUAAAAUCAUUCAGGAUUUUCAAAAUGAUCUUGUAAUUUCCACAUUGACUUUACAGCAAGAGCCUUAA